AUGGGUAUGAGCUCGGGGGACCCGCGAACGCGAAAAAUUGAUGAAUGCCGGGCUUUUAACAAAGAAACCAGCAUAGAUUUAAGGAAAACCUUGACCACCAAAAGACUUGCCAUUUCAGUUCCUAUGACCUCUGGCUGUCAAUUGGUGGACCAGAUGGGUAUCCGAGGCCAAAGGGCUGCAGACGCCGCGCAGCAAUUGGCACAUCUUGCAAGCGACGCUUGCACCCAUGCGGCGGAGAUCAUGCAUGAAAUUUACCCAAUGCGGCAUAGUCUAGACCGCAAUCUGCGAGUGGGCGGUGUGGUGCAGGUUGUGAGCCCGCGCCAUUGUGCCCGAUUAGGGGAGAAUCAAAAUUUUUGCGGUGUCCACCCAAACAUUUUUUAUUUUUCUUCAAUUGACAUUUAUCGCACAACUGGUUUCAGGAGAUUCAUCCAGUUUUUUCUUCCUUUCAUUUUUCACGGUUAUUAG